AGAAAAAAACUUCAAACCACCUUCAGCCAGCUCCGAGGAAACACUGAAGCACACUCACCAGGGGCCACUAACCGAGACCCAGAGUCCGAGACCAGAAGCGUUGAAGGUAACCGACACAGAGUUGCAAGAUGCCGGCCACAGAGAAGGACCUGGCUGAGGACGCUCCGUGGAAGAAGAUCCAGCAGAACACCUUCACCCGCUGGAUCAACGAGCACCUGAAGUGCGUCAACAAGCGGAUCGGGGACCUGCAGCUGGACCUGGGCGACGGGCUGAGGCUCAUCGCCCUGCUGGAGGUCCUCAGCCAGAAGAAGAUGUACAGAAAGUACCACUCGAGGCCCAACUUCAGGCAGAUGAAGCUGGAGAACGUGUCGGUGGCUCUGGAGUUCCUGGACAAGGAGAACAUAAAGCUGGUCUCCAUCGACUCCAAAGCCAUCGUGGAUGGGAACCUGAAGCUGAUCCUGGGUCUGGUAUGGACUCUGAUUCUGCACUACUCCAUCUCCAUGCCAGCCUGGGAGGGCGAGGAUGAAGAGGCGGAGUCAAAGACACCUAAGCAGCGUCUGCUGGGCUGGAUCCAAAACAAAGUCCCUGACAUGCCAAUCAACAACUUCAGCCAGGACUGGAGGAACGGCAGGGCACUGGGAGCACUGGUAGACAGCUGUGCACCGGGCCUGUGUCCAGACUGGGAGACCUGGGAUCCAGUGAAACCAGUGGAGAAUGCCACUGAAGCCAUGCAGCUGGCCGAUGACUGGCUGGGCAUCCCGCAGGUGAUCGCUCCAGAGGAGAUCAUUGAUCCCAGUGUGGAUGAACAGUCGGUGAUGACCUACCUGUCCCAGUUCCCCAAAGCCAAACUGAAGCCAGGCGCUCCACUCAAACCCAAACUCAACCCCAAGAAGGCCCGCGCAUACGGACCAGGUAUCGAACCGACGGGGAACAGGGUGAUGCGUCCUGCUGUGUUCACAGUGGACACGUUCAGUGCAGGUCAGGGUCAGGUCACCGUCUACCUGGAUCAUCCUGAUGGCACCAGAGAGGAGCUGAAGCCGGAGCCUAAUGAGGGCAAGAAGACGUUCAGUGUCACCUACAUUCCUCAAGUCAUGGGACCUCACAAGGUGACGGUGUUGUUUGCAGGCCAGCCAAUUCCCAAAAGUCCAUUUGAGGUGAACGUGGACAAGGCGCUGGGCGACGCCUCCAAGGUCACGGUCAAAGGGCCGGGAGUCGAACCUGUGGGCAACAUCGCCAACAAACCCACCUACUUCGACAUCUACACUGCAGGAGCCGGUACAGGAGACGUGACGGCCAUGAUCAGAGACCCUCAGGGCCGCCAGAACAUUGUGGAGGCGAUGAUGGAAGAUAAGGGCGACAGCAUGUAUCGAUGCACGUACCGGCCCACCCAGGCCGGCCCGCACACAGUUACCGUCACCUUCGGAGGGGUGGGGAUCCCCAGGAGCCCCUUCAGUGUGGACGUGGGGCCUGCUUGCACGCCGGGGGCGUGCAGGGCGACGGGCCGCGGCCUCCAGCCGUCGGGGCUGAGGGUGAAACAGGUCGGGGACUUCAAGGUGGACACCAAAAACGCCGGCAGUGGGGACCUGAAGGUGCUCGUCAAAGGACCGAAGGGUAUCGAGGAGCCGGUGAAGCAGAUCUCCAGUCAGGACGGCGUGUUCUCCUACGAGUAUUAUCCCAACAGUCCUGGCAAAUACACAGUCUCCAUCACCUGGGGGGGUCAGCACAUCCCAAAGAGUCCAUUCGAAGUGACGGUUGGUCGGGAGGCGGGGCCUCAGCAGAUCAGGGCCUGGGGUCCUGGCUUGGAGGGAGGCAUUGUGGGUAAACCUGCCGCCUUUGUAGUGGAGUCCAUCGGCACCGAUGUCGGUGUGCUGGGUUUUGCCAUUGAGGGACCUUCCCAGGCUAAAAUCGAGUGUGAGGACCAGAACGACGGGUCGUGUGAUGUCCGUUACUGGCCCACGGAGCCCGGAGAAUACGCCAUCCACGUGACCUGUGAUGAGGAGGACAUCGAGCACAGCCCCUUCAUGGCCCACAUCGUCCCCGACAACAACGCCAGUGACCCAGCUAAGGUCGAGGCUUUCGGGCCGGGGCUUGAGAAGACCGGCUGCCUGCUCAACCAACCUGCUGAGUUCACUGUCAGCGCGAAGGAUGCUGGGAAAGGACCUUUGAAGAUCACUGCUCAGAACGCAGAGGGACUUCCUGUGGAGGUGAAGGUGAGGAGUAAAGGUGAAGGGCUGUACUCCUGCUCCUACACGCCUGCCUCCCCUGUCAAACACACCGUGUCCGUCGCCUGGGGAGGAGUCAGCAUCCCCAACAGCCCCUUCAGGGUGAACGUGGGUAAAGGCAGCCACCCCAACAUGGUGAAGGUGUUUGGUCCUGGAGUGGAAAGAACUGGACUGAAGGCCAAUGAGCCCACGCACUUCACCGUGGAUUGCUCAGGAGCAGGAGACGGUGACGUCAGCGUGGGGAUCAAGUGUGAUGCCAAUAUGGUCGGUGACAAAGAGGCUGACGUGGACUUUGACAUCAUCCCCAACGCCAACGACACGUUCACUGUCAAAUACAUGCCUCCUGCUGCUGGAAGACUCACCAUUAAAGUCCUGUUUACUGACAAGGAAGUUCCUCAGAGUCCCUUUCACGUCAAAGUUGAACCUUCCCACGAUGCAUCAAAGGUUAAAGCAGAGGGUCCUGGACUGGCUCGCACUGGUAUAGAGAGCGGUAAGCCGACUCAUUUCACAGUGUUGACUAAAGGAGCCGGGAAAGCACCGCUGGAUGUUACCUUCUCUUCCCCCGUCAAAGACUUUGACAUCAUUGACAACUACGACUACUCCCAGACUGUCAAAUACACACCUGCACAACAGGGGGAAAUGACGAUUGUGGUGAAGUUUGGUGGAGAUCCCAUCGCCAAGAGCCCCUUCACAGUCGGGGUCGCUGCCCCGCUGGAUCUGAACAAGGUCAGCCUGGACAACCUGGAUGGAAGAGUGGAGGUCAAUCAGGAACAGCAGUUUAUGGUGGAUACCAAGGGUGCAGGAGGUCAAGGUCGCCUGGAAGUGGCAGUGCUGAGUCCCAGCCAGCAGGCGGUACCCUGUAAAGUGGAGCCUCAGGCAGGGAAAGCAGGCAUCAGUCUGGUCCGUUACACCCCCAAAGAAGAGGGCAUCCACGCUGUCAACGUGUCCUAUGAUGGACACCCCGUACCUGGGAGUCCCUUCCCUGUGGAGGCCCAGCUGCCUCCAGAUCCAAGCAAGGUGAAGGCGUUCGGUCCCGGUCUGAAGGGAGGUUUGGUGGGACAUCCGGCAGAGUUCACCAUCGACACCAAGGGUGCCGGCACUGGAGGUCUGGGGCUGACAGUGGAGGGUCCAACCGAGGCCAAGAUUGAGUGUUCAGACAACGGUGAUGGGACCUGCUCUGUCUCCUACCUGCCCACCGAGCACGGAGACUACCUGGUUAACAUCCUGUUUGAGAACGUCCACAUCCCAGGCUCACCGUUCAAAGCCGACAUACAGAUGCCCUUUGACCCCUCUAAGGUGGUGGCAUCGGGGUCGGGCCUGAAAAGAGCCAAGGUUGGAGAGACCAGUGUAGUGAAUGUGGACUGUUCCCAGGCCGGACCAGGACAACUCAGUCUGGAGGCUGCACUAGACUCCCCCCCAACCAGUCCUACUGGCUCUGCACCAGGCUCUGGUGUUAAAGCUAAGACAGAGGUGCUGGACAACAAAGACGGGACGUACACGGUGACCUACGUCCCUCUGACCUCUGGCAUGUACACCCUGCUGCUGAAGUACGGAGGCAAGGCCGUCCCCGGUUUCCCUGCCAAGGUGAUGGUGGAUCCUGCCGUGGACACCUCCAAGGUCAAAGUGUUUGGACCUGGAGUGGAGGGACAAGCUGUUUUCAGAGAAGCCACCACAGCGUUCACGGUGGACGCCCGUCCCCUGACCCGGCGAGGAGGAGACCACUUGAAGGCAGAGGUCAGGAACCCGUCCGGAGCGCUAACAGACUGUGUGGUCACCGACAAUGCAGACGGGACCUACGGCGUUGAGUACACACCUUUCGAGAACGGCGUCCACAGCGUCCAGGUUCUGUAUGAUGACACACUGGUUCCUAAGAGCCCCUUCAAGGUCUCUGUGUCAGAGGGAUGUGACCCCAGCAGGGUGGUGGCUACGGGCCCCGGACUCGAGCAAGCCCUGACUGACAAACCCAACAACUUCAACAUCGUCACCAGAGGGGCAGGUAUUGGUGGUCUCGGCAUCACUGUGGAGGGUCCAUCAGAGUCAAAGAUGACCUGCAAAGACAACAAAGAUGGCAGCUGCAGCGUGGAGUACGUUCCCUUCACUCCCGGCCUCUAUGACGUCAACAUCACCUACGGAGGAGAACACAUCCCCGGAAGUCCAUUCAAGGUCCCAGUGAAAGACGUGGUGGACUCCAGUAAGGUCAAGGUGUCUGGGCCCGGCGUGGGGUCAGGGGUCAGGGCCAAUAUCCCACAAUCCUUCACUGUAGACUGCAGGAAGGCGGGUGUUGCCACGCUGGCCGUGGCUGUCACUGCUACUAAAGGCGUCUCAGAACCCGUGGAGGUGACGGACAACGGGGACGGGACUCACUUGGUGUCCUACACUCCGUCUGUGGAGGGACCGUACUCUGUGGCCAUCAAGUACGCAGAGGAGGACGUCCCCCGCAGUCCCUUCAAGUUUCGGGUUCUGCCCACUCACGAUGCCAGCAAAGUGCGAGCCAGCGGUCCCGGGCUAACCAGUGGCGUCCCCGCCAGUUUCCCUGUCGAGUUCAACAUCGAUGCCAAGGACGCCGGCCAGGGCCAACUGAGCGUGCUCAUCACUGACCAGGAAGGUAAACCGAAGCAGCCAACUAUCCAUGACAACGGGGACGGUACAUACCGGGUGUCUUAUAUCCCCGACCGUGCAGGCCGGUACACCAUCGUCAUAAAGUACGGCGGUGACGACAUCCCUGCCUCGCCUUACAGAGUUCGUGCUACGGCAACCGGAGACGCCAGCAAGUGCACUGUCACUGGUCCUGGCGUGGGCCCCACAGUGGCCAUCGGUGAGGAGCUGGGCCUGGUGGUGAACGCUAAGGGUGCUGGGAAGGGGAAGGUGAGCUGCGUUGUGGUCCAGCCCGACGGCAGCGAGGUGGAGGCCGAGGUGCUGGAGAACGAAGACGGCACCUUCGACAUCUUCUACACCGCACCAGCUCCCGGGAACUACGUCAUCUACGUCCGCUUCGGAGGGGAAAACAUCCCGCGCAGUCCGUUCAAAGUCAUGGCCACUGAUGAGGUACCCAUGAUCCAAGAGCAGAAGUCUCUACAGCAACAGGCUGGCCCCCCCGGAGCUGGCUUCCAGCCCUGGGUGACAUCAGACAGCUACGCGCCGAACAGCAGCAGCGUUAACGGCAGCGGCUUCAGGCCGUUCGAUAUGGUGAUACCUUUCUCCUUCAGGAAGGGAGAAAUCACAGGUGAGGUGCUGAUGCCUUCAGGUAAAUCAGCUCAGCCGCUGAUCUCAGACAACCUGGAUGGGACGGUCACAGUACAGUACUCGCCCACUGAGGCCGGCCUGCACGAGAUGCACAUCAAAUACAAUGGCACACACAUCCCAGAGUCGCCCCUUCAGUUCUAUGUGAACCACGCCAGCAGUCCCAAUGUCACAGCCUAUGGUCCCGGUCUGAGCUACGGUGUCGCCAACAAGAUGGCCACGUUCACCGUCUUCACAGAGGAUGCCUCUGAAGGGGGUCUGGACUUGGCCAUCGAGGGUCCAUCCAAAGCAGAGAUCAACUGCGUGGACAACAAGGACGGGACGUGCAGCGUCAGCUACCUGCCCACUCUGCCCGGAGACUACAACAUUCUGGUCAAAUACAACGAAGAUCACAUCGCCGGCAGCCCGUUCACCGCCAGGAUCACCAAGGACAACCAGCGGCGCUCUCAGGUCAAACUGGGCUCUGCAGCAGAUUUCUCUCUGGACAUUAAUGAGACAGACCUAAGCCUGCUGACCGCCAGCAUCAAGGCGCCAUCCGGCCGCGACGAGCCCUGCCUGCUGAAGAGGAUGGCCAACAAUCACAUCGGUAUCUCUUUCAUCCCCCGGGAGGUUGGUGAACACCGGGUCAGCAUCCUGAAGAACGGCCGUCACGUCUCCAACAGUCCCAUCACAAUCAUGGUCGUCCAGUCUGAGAUCGGCGACGCCAGCCAAGUCAAAGCUCAUGGUGACGGCCUCGUCCAGGGAACCACCUUCAAUAACUCCAGCUUCGUGGUCGACACGCGGGAGGCCGGUUAUGGCGGCCUAGCUCUGUCCAUCGAAGGUCCCAGUAAGGUGGACAUCCAGACAGAUGACAUGGAGGACGGGACGUGUGGGGUCACUUACUGUCCUACUGAACCAGGAAACUACAUUGUCUCCAUCCGCUUCGCUGAGGAACACGUCCCAGGGAGUCCAUUCACAGUGCGGGUGACGGGUGAGGGUCGUAUCCGGGAGAGCAUCACACGACGACAGAAGGCGGCGUCUGUUGCUAGCGUUGGGAGUGCGUGUGACCUCAGUCUGAAGAUACCAGCGAUUGACAUGCAGGACGUCACCGCUGAGGUCACUUCCCCCUCUGGAGCCAGUCAGCCUGCCGAGCUGGUCGCUGCGGGUAACGACACCUACUGUGUGCGCUUCGUACCCACAGAGAUGGGUGUGCACAGCGUGAGUGUGAGGUACAGGGGUGUGCAUGUGCCGGGAAGCCCCUUCCAGUUCACUGUGGGGCCGUUGGGAGAGGGUGGGGCCGCCAAAGUGAGAGCAGGAGGUCCAGGACUGGAGGGAGCACAGGCAGGAGAGCCAGCUGAGUUCAGUAUUUGGACGAGGGAGGCGGGAGCCGGCGGUCUGUCCAUCGCCGUGGAAGGACCCAGCAGAGCGGAGAUCUCCUUCGACGACCGCAAAGACGGAUCCUGCGGCGUCUCUUACAUCGCUCAGGAGCCCGGUGAUUAUGAGAUUUCGGUGAAGUUCAACGACCAGCACAUACCUGACAGCCCCUACCUUGUUCCUGUUGUCGCUCCAGCGAACGACGCCCGUCGCCUCACUGUUACCGGCCUUCAGGAGUCUGGUCUGAAGGUGAAUCACCCAGCAUCCUUUGCGGUGCGUCUGAAUGGAGCACAAGGCAAGAUGGCAGCCAAAGUCCACAGUCCCUCUGGAGCUCUGGAGGAGUGUGUUGUCACCGAGCUGGAAAGAGACAAGUACGCUGUCCGGUUCAUCCCCAGGGAGAAUGGAGUUCACUCCAUCGAUGUCAAGUUCAACGGCUCUCACAUCCCAGGAAGUCCUUUCCAGGUCCGAGUUGGAGAACCAGGACAGACCGGAGAGCCUGGUCUGGUCUCAGCGUAUGGAGCUGGACUGGAGAGAGGCACGACAGGUACCCAGUCAGAGUUCAUCAUUAACAACACUAAGGCGGGCCCCGGGGCCUUGGCCGUGACCAUCGAGGGUCCGUCCAAGGUGAAAAUGGACUGCCAGGAGGUUCCAGAGGGCUACAAGGUGCAGUACACUCCCAUGGCACCUGGAAACUACCUGAUCAGCAUUAAAUAUGGAGGACCAAACCACAUCACUGGCAGCCCCUUCAAGGCCAAAGUCACAGGUCCUCGGCUGGUGAAUGUGACCAACGCCAGCGAGACGUCAACCCUGACGGUGGAUCCGGCAGUAAGAGCAUCCAGCAGCAGCUUCACCCAGAGCGCCAUGCCCAGGCUGUCCGACUCUGACGCCAGCAAGGUGCUGAGCCGAGGCCCCGGCCUCAGCAAGGCCUUUGUGGGCCAGAGGAGCAGCUUCUCUGUCGACUGCAGCAAGGCCGGUAAGAAUAUGCUCCUGGUGGGUGUGCACGGUCCUCAGAUCCCCUGUGAGGAGGUUCUGGUCAAACACUUGGGCAACCUGCAGUACAACGUAAGCUACGUGCUGAAGGAGCGGGGCAACUAUAUCCUGGUGGUCAAGUGGGGCGAGGACCACAUCCCAGGCUCCCCCUUCCAAGUCACUGUCCCAUGAUGCACCAAGAAACCCGCUGCCACUCCUCCUGCACCACUCUACAUCCCUGUUUGAGAGGACACGUUAGCUGCACCGCAAAUAACUGUCCAAUGAACAAGUUGCUUAACAGAAGUAUGUGUGCUAAUUUUGUUUUCAGACAUGUUCAGUUCAAAGCAGAUGUUUCAAGGACUUCCUGCUGCUUUUUUUUUUUUUUUUUUUUUACCUAUUUAGUUGUUGGACUGUUUUUCAAUCUGCCAAACUGCCCUUCAAAAAGAAAACCUUAAAAACCAAUGUAAAGUUGAAGGGAAGAGUCCGUGAAUGGAGACUCUGUACUCUGUUAGUAGGACACUUUUUCUGCAGUGAGUCCGGGAGGCAAGACAGUAAAAGUAGUAAAUGCUGUGAUCUGGCCUAAAGCUGGAGCUGUAAAUAAUCUGGAUAAAAUAAAUGACCCAAUUGGGAAAGAGAAAUCUCAUUUAUAGAUUUUUGCUGCCCUGAAAUUAUCAAUUGACAAAUUUUGCACUUGACAAUAGUUCUUAUACUUGAUUGGUAAAUUAAAGAUGGCUGGUUUAAAGCAAGAAGUUAGUUGGUAAGAAUGUCCCGACACAGCUUGGUGUGUCUGCGCGUUUACAAAAUGUUAAAACUAGAUCUGGAAAAGGACUGGACCGAGACAAGCGGAGCCAAACUUUUAAAUGCUUAUGUUUUGAAAAAUAACUGGAAUUAUACAGCACUUUGCUUCAGGAACAAGACUAAUAUGAGAGACUCAUUUAACCUGGAGCUCUGUGAGGUUUAUUGAUGUUUGAUAGAAUACCAGGGAGCCAAAUGACCAGAUUCUGAAUCCAACAAUCCUUCAACUUUCUCUGGUCAGUCAGAUGCAACUGGCAAAACCAUCCAUUACCAAAUCUGUGCAGAACUUUUCUCAACAAAACGAUGAAGUGCUGUGAAUGAAACAAAUGAGUUAACAUCUCAAUUAAAAGACGUAAACUGGAAUUAUCUGCGUUUGGUUUAUAGUCAGCAUCGUGUUUCUUUAAAGUGUGGUUGGACCAGACUUGCUCCGAUAGGAAGUGUCAAACUAUACGCGACUACUGAUGUUUAUUGUUGAUUUCUUGCUCUUGAAACGUAGCUCCCAGAAUCCCAUGAGUACAUAAUGUUGCCAUAACGAAUCAAUGAGUGUUAAAGCUGCCUUCACAGUACUGGGUCCUGCACUGUACAACAGACUACUUAAUUGUGUGCUAGAGUUUUGGGUUCAUCGCGGUUUUCUGUUCCUUCAGCUGCAUUUUCACAUGAACAGAUCUGACUUUUAACUUUGUGGCUCAGUCCUGAUGUGCUUCACGUCUGCCUAGAUCGAGUAGAAGUUGUACUCUGGUAGGGAUGCUGGACAAACGGGUUCAGAUUUGAUGUUGAUAAUCAAAGUCUAUCAUCCUUAGUGGUGUUCUACCAGUGAUACUCUUUGCAGUGAAAGUACAAUCAAACAGUAACAGUAGGUAAAACCGAUCUGAGCUGGAAAAUUAGGUCAGAUUUUUGGUUUGUGUGUAAAUCCUGUAGAAAUCUGGAUGAAUCUGUCUUUGUCUUACCUGGAUGUUGUUGCCUAAUCAUUGCUACUUUUGAUACUUAAGGGAUCAGAGGAUUUUUGUAUGGGGGAAAAAGAACUCAUUUUGUAUUAGAGAAUGGGUGUUUUAAUGUGAAAUUAAACCCUGAGAUGAUGUACAUUUGAUAAUUAAAAUGAACUGGAAUUAA